AAAGCUCAUGCACUCGGGGCUCCCAAGCUGACUGUCACAGUGUGUCUGUGUGUCCGCACAACAGCAAGGAAGGCUGCACCUCACAGUUUGGUCAACCACUUAUCUGAAACACGCUCAUUAUGACUGCUGUCCAUCGUCUGGUCAUUGUGCGGCAUGGAGAGAGCAGCUGGAACCAGGAGAACCGCUUCUGCGGCUGGUUUGAUGCAGACCUCAGUGAGAAGGGAAUGGAGGAGGCCAAACGCGGUGCUCAAGCCAUCAAGGAAGCAGGCAUGAAGUUUGACAUAUGCUAUACCUCAGUGCUGAAACGUGCCAUAAAGACCUUGUGGACCAUCAUGGAAGGUACAGACCAGAUGUGGUUGCCCGUGGUGAGAACUUGGCGCCUGAAUGAGCGUCAUUAUGGUGGAUUGACUGGACUUAACAAAGCAGAAACAGCAGCCAAACAUGGAGAGGAGCAGGUGAAGAUCUGGAGACGUUCAUUCGACAUCCCUCCUCCACCCAUGGAUAAAGACCAUCCAUAUCAUAAGAUCAUCAGUGAGUCUAGGCGCUAUAAGGGUCUGAAGGAGGGUGAGCUGCCCACCUGUGAGAGUCUGAAGGACACCAUUGCACGUGCUCUGCCCUUCUGGAAUGAGGUCAUUGUCCCUGAGAUCAAAGCCGGCAAGAAUGUCCUCAUCGCAGCCCACGGAAACAGCCUGCGUGGUAUCGUCAAGCACUUGGAGAACAUGUCUGAUGCAGCCAUAAUGGAGCUAAACUUGCCCACCGGCAUUCCCAUUGUCUAUGAGCUGGACAAGGACCUGAAGCCUGUGAAGCCCAUGCAGUUCCUCGGAGAUGAGGAGACAGUGCGCAAGGCCAUGGAGGCUGUGGCUGCCCAGGGCAAGGUGAAGAAAUAGGACCAGACAAGGAAACAACUGAACCUACACAAGCCUUUCCUCCUUUCACCCUGUCCUGUUCAUCCUGCUCGACUCCACUGAAUGUCAUUCCACCAUCAGGACACACUGACAACCCUUUUCAUCAAACAUGGUGCUGGUUCUUAUUAAAUUCUUUAGAAAAACUGUAAAAAUAAUAAUAAUUAUUUUACACAAUGCAUUUGUGAUUUUAAGAACAAUUCACCAUCCAAUACUAAAUUCUUAAAAGAUGGCAAUUUUUCACAACAUACACUCAAGAGGGAUGUAUGGCUUUUUCAUUUGUUUUGAAAUUGUUAUAUUAAUAUUUUAGAUUGUUGCCCUAUUUGGCACUAAUUCAUGAACUCUGUCAGCAAAGGUGAAUUCUUCAGCAUUCACAUCUUAUUUUAACAAGAAGGAUUUUACCAGCUCUCCAUCUGUUGCUGUCUAAAAUGGGCUCUAAACCAGCUGCCAGAACAUUCACCUUGCUAGUGGAAAAGGGUUGUAAAAUAAGCGAAGUCAAAACCACACAUGAUUGAUGUAACUGUCCUAUUUUUGGUUAAAAAAAAAGAAUAAAUUAGAAAUAUCUUUGACAUCCAUCAUAAAGCUCCUCUGUUUCACAAAGCCCUCUUGUUUAACAAAAUAAAGCCAUCACCAUUUUGUGUA